AUGACGUCGCGUGGCGCUGACCAGCGGGCGCAGGCCUCGGCCAAGCCGGCCUUCAGCGAGGCGCAGGCCCGCGCGCUGGUGGAGGCCGAGUUCGGGCUCCGGGUGUCGGAGGUCCAGCCGCUGCCGAGCUACGACGACCAGAACUUCCGCGUGCGGGUGCCCAGGGCCGGAGACGCGGGCGGCCCCUCCGAGUUCGUCCUCAAGAUCAGCAACGCCGAGGCCAGCAGGACCCCCGGGCUCAUCGAGGUGCAGAGCCACGUGAUCGCCUUCCUGCACCAGGCGGGCUUCCCCACGGCCUCCGUGUGGCCCGCCAGAAGCGGUCGCAUCACCUCGCUCGUGUCCGUGGACUGCGGCUCCCGAACCCGGAGCCACCUGGUGAGGCUGCUGACCUUCCUCCCGGGGCGGCCCGUGGCCGAGGUCCCCGUCGGCCCCCUGCUGCUGUAUGAGAUUGGGAGGCUGGCUGCCACCCUGGAUAAGACGCUGGAGGAGUUCCGCCACCCGAAGCUCAGCUGUCUCCGCCGGGAGGACUUCAUCUGGAACCUGAGGAACGUGCCUCUCCUGGAGCCGUACCUGGAUGCCCUGGGCCCGGGUCCGAACCGUGAGAUGGUGGAGCGGGUCAUCCGGCUGUUCAAGGACGAGGUCACGGCCAAGCUCAGUCACUUCCGGGAGUGUAUCAAUCACGGGGACCUCAACGACCAUAACAUUUUGGUGGAGCCCGGCGAGCCGGCCUCGGGGGACCCCGCCUUCCGCGUGUCCGGGAUCUUGGACUUCGAGGACAUGAGCUACGGCUGCUACGUGUUCGAGGUGGCCAUCGCCAUCAUGUACAUGAUGGUCGAGAGCCGGGACCCCGUGGCGGUGGGCGGCCACGUGCUGGCGGGGUUCGAGAGCGUCAUCCCGCUGACCGCCGCCGAGAGGGACGCCCUGUUCCUGCUCGUGUGCGGGCGCUUCUGCCAGUCGCUGGUCAUGGCCGCGCACUCCUGCCGGCUGCACCCGGAGAACGCCGAGUACCUCAUGAUCACGGCGAAAACCGGGUGGAAGCACCUGCAGCGGAUGCUCGCCGUGGGCCGGACGGCCGUCGAAGAGAUCUGGUUCGGCACCGCCAGGUCCUACGGAUCCGGGGACUCCGUGUGA